AUGGCCCCACACGCGGGUACCCGCGCUGCUCAACCGGGCACGUCAUCUGGGCUUGGUAUGCACUUUUCCAGCCCGCGGAAACUCAGAGACAAGCAAAAAACUCAGGUACUUGUUGAAGUGCCAGGUCAGGAGGCUAAACAGCGCCAGUUGCUCGCAAAGAUGGCCAGUUUACUCGCAGGUUCAGCGAAGCCUAAAGAAACUUCACCUGUCCUGGCAGAGACGGAAGCGGACACGGCAGUCCUCGAGGAAAAUGCUAACGAGGCUUGGGAAGACAUCCUUGAGCCUCACGACAAUUGUUCUCCCCAACCUGCCUCACAAUCCACACCGAGUCGUCGUACCCAGCCUGAUCUCACAUCUACUCGCUUGUAUGACGGCUGGAAAACACUUAUUCCUACCCUGGUCGAGACCCAACUAGACUACACUGCAAGGACGCUAGGAGCACCUCUCGAACGAACACCCAAAGUUUUGUCUUUGUGCAGCUCGCACACAUGUGCACAAAAACGCACACCUAUUACCUGUCUCUUUUUUGACUCAGGAGAUUCACCACAUUUUUACGACCCUUCUUAUUUCCUCUUGAAGGUGCAGGUCGACGCUAUUGGUCAUCACAUCAGUCGAAGUCACAAGUCCCCGCCUAAGCUGCAUAUAUCACAUGUGCCAAAUGAGGCGAUUGAUCUGUGUGAAAACUCCUACGAGGCAGCGGAUGGCAAGAAGCAGAAGGCCGCCAUGGAUAGCUUCAAUGACACAGGACUCAUGGUGCUGAUUUGCCGCCACGACAUUCCCUUAUUUUUUGCCAAUAUCGACAAUCCUGGCGAGCAACAAAAGUAUUCAGUUGCGUUAAUCAACCAUCUCUUUUCAUUAUUGCCACGGAGUGCCACCGUCAUCACCCUCUAUGAUGUGGGAUGUGUCUUAUCACGGUCGUUAAAUCAGUAUGACAUCUUGCCAAACUCUAUCCUACAGCACUUACGGUUUGCAACUACGGCCAUGCAUGCCUAUGGUCAUGAAUGGGCUUGUCAGCUCGUUUAUAACCCGUGGAUGAUCAUUGGUCUAGGCCUGUCCGAUGGAGAGGGGAUGGAGAGACUCUGGUCGAGGUUCGUUCGAUUGAUAGGCAUACAGCGGUCAUCUUCUAGGCAACGUCGUCUGUGGCUGAUUGAUCGACAUGCUAGAGCCAUUGGACUUGAGAUGCGUGCUGACCUUGGGGAAUGGAUCAGGCGCCGACUCAGGCGUGGCGUGGAGGAUCAAGGCACAGAUGCCUGA